AUGGAUAGCGAGUUCAAGUUCAUCAGAUGCUCUGUCGAGAGCUUCAUGAACACCUACCUGCCUUUCGUCCCAAAUGACAAGGAAACGCAAUACUUUGUUCAGCAACUUUUACAGGACACUUCAACGGGGGCUGGUAAUGCUUCUCAUUCCAGCGACGUAACUACACGGCCAGUAUUGUCUGUAUUAACGGGAAACGAGACAACUUUCGCUUUUCGAGAUUACCCACUCCAGAGCAAACGGGGGCGGCAGUCUAACAGCAAAAUCACCGUCUUUCGAGGAUGGGAGAAGAUUGCACAGACCAUUGGCAAUUUCGAAUAUCCUGGGGAACGAAAACGCAACAAAUUCAGCUACGUAAACAUUCCGAACAAGAGGAUAGCUUCCUCCAACCGAGGCUACAACAACAAAAUCGAUGCCGCAUUUGUUGCAGCCUGCGAUACGGACAAGCCGCUUCAGACGACCGACAUAGCUGUUGUAGUCGGGCACAAAGUCGCUGCGUCGCACAAUCGGCAAAACGCGUUACAUGUCGUCUCUUCCAAUGUUCAGAUCAUGAACGAAGACGUACGUCCCGCGUCGUAUCCUUUUAACUUAUCCACGAAUCCUAAACUAUUCAUUCAAAUCCUCAUUGCAUUUUUGUUUGCAACGGAAGAAGAGCUUGGCUACGAUUCAAUGGUGAAGCUCGCACCAGACGGAAACUACACAUUCAAGCUUCCACGUUUACCGGGAAGCGACGAGUUUCGGCUCUUUCGCACUGUAGAGGGCCUAUCGGUCUAUCAUUCGAACAUCAUCACUGGUCAAAUGACACGUGUUUAUAAAGUCGUUGAAGUCAGGGAAAACGGCGAAGCGUUUGGAGAUCCUCUCGUUUUGAAAGACGUGUGGCUCGACAGCUCUGCGAAAACGGAAAAAGAGAUACAGGACGCUAUUUUUACCGAUAUCGAAGAAUUUUGGGAUUGCCCGGACGAACCGCUGGAGUUAAAGAGCUUCAAAGAAGCUCACAGGAAAAUUGUUGGCAAUGGCAGCUACAAGCAAUACUUUCUUCAGAUUGUCCUGGACUACAGCGGACAGAAAACUAAAGUACGAGUAGAGAGAGGAACCGAAGUCAGAGGUUUCUUCGACGCUGAGCAAGACCUCGCACUGGAUGCUCCGGUGACUGGUACCAAAUCACAAGAAUCGCAGUCUCAGAACGAUCAGACGUUUGUAAACACACACCGAAUUGUUUCCCAACCACCAGCCCUUCCAGCUAUUCCGAGCGAGCAGAAGAGGCAAUAUCGCAUCCUUUUCAAGGAGAUUUGUAGACCUUCUGGACGGCUCGAAACCCUCGGAGAAGUUGUCAAUGUGCUAUCGCAAACCCUCAUCCCGCUCCAGCUUUUGUUUUGCGCGGGAUGGGUGCAUAGGGACAUCAGUUCUGGAAAUAUUCUUGCCUUCAAGGAAGAUUUUGAAAGCCAGGGGCCGUGGCUCGCGAAGCUCUCUGACCUUGAAUAUGCCAAGAAAUUUCCUUUGCCAAAAGGUUCAGCCCCCGCAGCAGAUCCAAAGACCGGAACACCGUACUUUAUGCCUCUGGAGGUUAUGAUGUCGUCUUACCUCUUUUCUGCUGAAUUCAUCAAUGCAAUCAUCGAAGCGCCCCUUGAUCCUGCCAAAAAUACAGUCAAAACUGAACAAAAGCGUAUAAUUGCGGAGAGGCUCGCUCAAUUCAAGCAAAAGCUUCAGAUGUCUACACCUGCCAAAAAGGUCACUGGAGUCGUUCACAAUUUUCAGCACGAUUUAGAAUCGAUAUGGUGGAUUCUUCUCUGGAAUAUAUGCUGCCGUCUUCACCCAGAGCACUCGACACUGUCCCUUCAGGACUUUGGCAAGGCUAUUUUCGUGAAUGAGAUGAAACCAACUGAUUCCAGAAUGAGGUGCAUAACCGAACCCUCAAUCGGAGAAUCUAUCGUCGCCGAGGCACCAGAAUCGCUUUUCCCUCUUGUCAGUGCUCUCUUUCUGUUGAGGCAUGAUCUCUACCAGCACUACGUCGAUCGUGGUAAAAGGGAAACAUAUGAUGAUAUCGGAUCGUACUCUAAGAUCCAUAACAUCUUCUUCUACAUCUUUAAACUCCUCAAUAAAGAAGUUACUGAGGAUUCUGAACCUCAAAAUCCUGACGAUGAUGAAGGGGAUUCACAUUGGUCCAAAAUCCCUUUAUUGGUGAAGGAACGUAUUAUGGAUUCUGGGGCAGAAGGAUCAGCCGUGGGAGAACCGGAGCGUAAGCGUCCUCGAUCCAACGAAGACCAUGUCGAUGUGAGGGAGGUCGAGAGCGAAGGCAGGACCGGCGCCAAGAAAUCUAGAAAGAAGUAA